AUGCGCGCCUCCACAUUCGCUUCGCUGCUCGCUGCGCUCUCCGGCUUCUCCGGCGCUGAGGCAUACUGGAAGGGCUUCAACGUGGGGGCAACCAACCCUGAUGGCUCUUGCAAGACCACUGCGGACUGGAAGACUGUCUUCACGACUCUGAAAGGCCUUCCUGGAGCAUUCACUUCCGUCCGCGUUUACGCUUCCUCCGACUGCAACACGCUCGCUAAUGCCGUUCCCGCGGCUGUGGACACUGGAACUGGAAUCUUGGUUGGUGUGUGGACCGAGGACGACGCUCACUUCGAGGCCGAGAAGCAGGCGCUUUUGAGUGCUAUUCAAGAGCAUGGAUCCGACUGGAUCAUUGCUGUUGGUGUUGGCAGCGAGGAUCUCUACCGCGGCGAUACAACGGCCGACAAGCUCGCUUCUCAGAUCAAUGAUGUCCGCGGCAUGAUUCGCUCCGUUGGUGCUAACCAGGACGUCGGACACGUUGACACCUGGACCGCGUGGGUCAAAUCAGAGAAUAACGCCGUCAUCUUGGCAUCCGACUUUGUUGGAACGGACGGCUACCCCUACUUCCAAGGCGCCGAGAUCCAGAACGGCGCCAACGUCUUCUGGGACUCUGUGCAGGCGACGCGCGAUACUGUUAACGCCGUCAAGCCUGGAACCUGGGUGUGGAUUACCGAGACUGGAUGGCCGGUUAGCGGUGCCAACUUCGAUGCGUCUGUCGCUUCUGUGUCGAAUGCGCAGGCAUACUGGACCAACGUGGCUUGCGCUGCUUUUGAGCAAGCUCACACUUUCUGGUAUGCGUACCAAGACUACCAGGCAUCGCCGUCGUUCGGUGUCGUGGAUGCGAACAGGAACCCAGUCUACAACCUUGCUUGCUAG